AUGGCGGCGGCAAUACAAAUUAUCAAUAAAAUUUUGGCUUCUGGAGAUCAUCAUGCUAUCCUAUCAUUAAUAAAGGGUUUACGCAAUGGAAUUGUGUAUGGAGCUAAAGUACGAUUUCCACAUGCCUUGGUUAUGACAUUUCUCUUUAAAAGUGAUAGUUUAAGAAACAAGAUAAUUGGUAUUUUACAAGCAACCUAUACCCAUUCCAAGAAUCUAGGUUUAUUUGUACUAGCAUAUAAGACUUUAACCCUCUUAAUGCAGUUUGCUCAAAAUGAGAAAUAUAAACCGCAAUCAUUUGUGGCAGCAUUUAUAGCAGGUUAUGUGAUAUUUGGCAGAUAUAAUAAAGUUAAUGAACAAAUUAACUUAUAUCUUCUAUCUAGAAUUCUCUAUGGUUUAGCUCAAUUAGCUGUUAAAAGGGGUUAUGUUCCCAAACCUAAAGGAGAAGUAUUUCCAAUGUUUGCCGCUAUUGUGUGGGGUAUAGUGUUGUGGCUGUUUGAACAUGAAAAAGACACAUUACAACCAUCUCUUGCUUCGUCUAUGACUUAUCUCUAUCAUGAUAGCAAUACGUGGCAUAAUUUAAAGGACUUUCUCCUUUAUAAUAAACCUUCAAAGAAAUAA